AUGGGUGGUCGAUUGCUGCUCCUGUUGCUCGCCGCCCUGGCCUGCCUCAGCUGCGUAGGUGCGACUGGCGACGGCACCCGCACAGCUGUGCGUCUCGUAACCAUCCACCCGCACAACGUCAGCGCCUUCACAGAGGGACUCGUCUUCGACGACGGCGCACUCAUCGAGUCCACGGGACUCAACGGCGCGUCCUUCAUCCGCAAGUACAGACUGUCGGACCUCAAUCCCGAGUUCUUCCGGGCGGGGACCACGCAGAGCGUGCCGUACUUGCAGGAGUUCCGCUUCGACGAUGCCAUCUUCGGCGAGGGCGUGACUGUGCUGGGCGACAAGCUGUUCGCGCUGACCUACAAGGCUGAGCAGGUGCUGGUGCUGUCUCGACGCGACUUCCAGCUGAUCGGUCAGUUCCCCCUCUCAACUUCCACCAAGGAGGGCUGGGGACUCACCACGGAUGGUGAGUUCCUCAUCGCCAGUGACGGUUCCGCCAAGGUGCUCUUCUUCGACCCGCACAAUGACUUCAAGCUGCACCACAGCAUCACCGUUCGCAAAGACGGCGUGCCGGUCACAAAUGUGAACGAACUCGAGUUCGUAGAGGGAGAACUGCUCGCCAAUGUGUGGUUUGAGGACCACAUUCUGCGUAUUGACAUCGAGACAGGAGACGUGCUGGAGCAGAUCGACCUGGACUGGAUCCCCAACAUGGUGGCCAACAUUCAUACCAAGGCCAUGAAGAGGUCACCCAUAAUUAAGGAUGCAGUGAUGAAUGGGAUUGCCUACGACCCGGUGAGCCGUCACGUGUUUGUGACCGGCAAGCUCUGGGACUCCAUGUUUGAGCUCGAGCUCUCGUACCUGAAAUCCCGCGAACGAUCAUUUGCCCCUUGA